GAUCACCUUAUAUUGUGCAGUUCAGAUGACAAAGUUUGCGGAUAGCCAUCCCUGUAGCGCAAAUUGUCUUUCCAAAGUAAGAACUAAGUGACUCUCAUGGAGAACCUUUACCAUCAAACAAACAAGCUUAUUCAUGAAGUUCAACAUGAUCUUGGACGGCUGGAAAAGGCGAUGGGCCGCGACAUCCACCUGGUGGAGAACGAAAUCCAGGCCCGCAUUGAUCACAUUGUGAGUAACUGUGAACGUCUGGAGAUUUUGGUGAACAAGGAACCGCCGCAGAGACGACCGAACGCCAAGCUUCGUGUAGAUCAGCUAAAAUAUGACUGCCAACAUCUACAAGCGGCGAUGCGAAAUUUGCAGCACAGGAGAUACAUGCGAGAAGAAGAGGACAAAGAGAGAGAAGCUCUGCUUUCUAAGAGAUUCACAGCAAAUGACCAGGACACGUCAAUCAUGAUUGACGCUGCCUUACAACACAACACCCGACUUCAACAGAGUAACAAGGACAUGGAUAAUUUGCUGGGCUCCGGUCACAGCAUCAUCAAUAACCUGAAAGAGCAGAGGAUAACCCUGAAGGGUGCCCACAAAAAACUGUUAGACCUGGCCAACACACUGGGCCUCUCAAACACUGUGAUGAGGUUGAUAGAAAAAAGGACGUACCAAGACAAAUACAUUCUGUUUGGAGGCAUGAUAGUCACUUGUAUUAUCAUGUACCUGGUGGUCAAAUACCUCACAUAGUCUCUGCAGUCAGUCUUGGGGAGGAUACUGAAGUUUUGUUGUUGCAAAAAAAAAAAAAAACCCAGAAAAUUUGUGCAGUAAGUUAAUGCCAAGCAGAUGUUAAAGGUUGGAGCCGAACCUGUCAGAAUUUUCAUGCAGGUGGCAGAAUGUUUCAGUUUCAUUUGACAAAUCUCAGCUGAUUGAUAAGACCUGUUGUUGAUUCCUGAUUAAAUCAUGUGCAAUUCAGUUUUGGUAGUUAACAGAAUGUACAUGUACAUGUGUUUAACUUAGUGUCACAUGAUGUAGUAUGGGCCAGCCUUCACAAGAAGUUUGCUGUUAGUUUGGUUAGUUAAUGUAGUGUAACAUCUGGGUAUUACCCAGCUUUUUAUCCAAUUUCCUUUAUAAACAUCUAGUAUACAGAUCAUCGAGCUGUGCAGCAGAAAUUAACUCUUGGCAUUCCAGUAACAAUUGAAUUGCAGUAAGGUUAAGAAAUGUUUUGUUACCUGGUUAGAUAUUAAAUAUUACUUACAAAUGCACAGGUGAUAUAUACUUAAGCCAAACACAAGGGUCUGCUUUGAAAUUUGGCGAUAAUUUAUACUUUUCACAAGUUUGUUCCCUUUGCAAUAACUAACUUUGCUGCUCUCGGCCCCCAACCCCUCAACCCCAAUGCACCCUGAAAAAUCUCACAUGAAGGAAAUUCACACACGAAGUUUAAUGCUCUAGUGCAAUAUACCAGUAAAAUAAGCUCACUACUGCAUAAAUUUAAGGUUUAAAAGGAAGAAAAGAAAGUAGAUUGCUCACUAUCUGCUAUAUUGAUGGAAGGAAGCCAGCAGAUGCAGAAUUGAAGUUAUCAUUUACAUUUAGAAAUGUCAAAAUUGGUUCUUGGAAACUUGAGAAUAUUUUGACUGCUGAUGUAUAUGUACUGUAGAACUCCAGAUUUAUGAGAUACAUGUAUAAAUUUUUUUGUUACAGUCAGAUUACAGUCUCGUAUUUCAAACCAUGCCUUUGAAUUCUCUGAAUGUUGUGUGUAUAAUCAUGACUCAGCAGAAUUUAUUAAAUAAUAAGCAUUUGAUAUAUCUUUGGAAUGACACAUACCUGUAUAUAUUAAAUAGAACAGGAAACCUCCGUAUAAGUAUGCUUUUCAUGUACAGGUAAACUUCUAGAAAUUGUCCUCUAUAAUCAUUGUUUCUUUCUGUGUUUUUUCUUCUUCUGGAUAUACAAGUACUGCCUUUUCAUGUUGUUGAAGCAUGGCGACCUAAUUAUCAGCCUUUUUACGUUGUUGAAGCAUGGCGGCCUAAUUGUCAGCCUUUUUACGUUGUUGAAGCAUGGCGGCCUAAUUAUCAGCCUUUUUACGUUGUUGAAGCAUGGCGGCCUAAUUGCUCAGCCUUUUUACAUUGUUAAAGCAUGACGGCCUAAUUAUCAGCCUUUUUACGUUGUUGAAGCAUGGCAGCCUAAUUGCUCAGCCUUUUUACGUUGUUGAA